CUAUUGUUCUCUCUCGACAUCUCAGAGCUUUACCCUGGCCAAAAAGGGGUCAAAGGUCACUUUUUUGCCAUCGCUCUGGCCUUUUUCGACCCCUUGGCUUCCUUUUUUCAUUAUCAUUUUUAUUAGUAAAUCUUCCAAUGGACAAUUAAUACUGUAGAAGUCAGCGCUGGGAGAGCUUUUUAAAAGGUAUCGAGGAUGGCGAUGACACUAACGGAGUUCACUCGCUCUCUGGACCCUGAAACGCUGCCCAGGAUUCUCCAGAUUCAGUCUGGAAUUUACUUUCAAGGUUCUGUGUACGAGCUCUUUGGAAGAACAUGCUGUCUCUCCACCGGAGAUCUGAUGAAGAUCAUUGACAUCACCAUCACCAGAUUCAUCGCACACACUUCAGACGGGAUGGAGAUCAACCUUCCAUUAGAUUACCCAGGUCUGUUUAGGAUUGUAGCAGACACUGAGCCUUAUCUGAGCAUCCAAGAAAUUGUGCGGUCAAUGAAGAUUGGAUCUCAUGUACUCGGCCAGCCGGUGUUCCAGUCGUCAGCUAAAAUUGCUCUCCCACAGGGCUCGCUGAAAAAGCAAGAGAUCUUCCGAAUUACCUCUGUCUGUCAUGACCUAGAUGGCGUUGAAGGCCACAUUGUAUGCGAGGUUCUUCAUCGAGAGCCGAAAUUCCACUUCACGCUCGGCCUUUCACAGCAAGGGAAUUUCAUGGAGUGUGAGGAUGAUCAGUUUUACACACUCCAAGAGCUCGCCAAGUGGAAAAUCUCUAAUGGGAGGAAGCGAAUUGUGACUGUAGUAAAAGACCUGGCUGUGAAGGAUUUGCUGUUUUCCAAUUUGUUGGACAAGGUGUGUGGAGAGUUGACGUUGACUCCUGUGUACGAGAUACAAGCCGUUAUGUCAGUCGGGAAGAAUAUAGUUGUCAUUCCGUCCAACCUGGAUGUGGAAGUCAUGGAUGUGACAGAUCAGACUGACACAAGCUCCUUCAUCCAGCCACUUUCUCCUCAUGACAUUUUCAAAAAACCCUGCGAGAUCUUCCCCUUUUUGGCUGAAGUGAUAGAAAGGCCUACAGUUGAAGGGAACAUGCCAGAAGAAUUGGCAUUCCUCUUAGACUGCACACAAAUAAUCGUUCACAGGGCUUACAAAGCCAAGCGAAUCCUUGCCACGGAAAUUCGACAAGAAUCACCGAGACAUUUUCUGAUUCCGACAAGCUAUAAUGGCCGAUUCAAGCGCCGACCACGUGAAUUUCCAACAGCGUACGACUUAAAACGAGCACAAAGUGACACGGAAAAACUGCAUGUUGUGGCGACUAGGCCUUUCGAUUCUGUUUAUGAUGGUUUGGCAUCCGUUCUUGUGGGGGAUGAGUUUCAAGUGAAGAGAAAAGAACCCAAGCAUGGUGAAAUUGGAGAUAAGAUCGAUUCCCUGUUGUGCUUGAAAAUUAAAGGGAAAUCCCAUGAGGCCGUGCGUCUCCCCAUGUUUUUAGAUGGCGGAUUUAUGGAAGUCAUCCAUGAUAAACGACAGUAUUUCAUUUCAGAGAUUUGCCGUUGGUUCCCAUUGCCGUUUAAUGUCAAGGUUUCCGUCCGUGAUCUUUCAUUAAAGGAGGACAUUUUGGCCAGAGUUCCAGGCCUACGCAUCGAGGAAGAAAUUGCUGACCCUUAUUUGCUCAUCUCGACCACUGACCUUUCAAGCUGGUGGGAGAUUGCAGUUAAUCGCACUCACAUGACUCUUCACAUAAUUAAAAAAUGGGAAGACGGGGAACCUUCAUGUGGCGUCAACUCAUUUGUCGAAGAGAUUUUUGAGAAAUGUUACUACACCAUGAGGAGGUAUGCUGUAGCAACGUUAACACCCCCACCACGCCCCCCGAAAACACCAAAACGACCUCCGGAGCGACCAGUCAAGCCAGCUCAAGCAAAACCAGAGAAACCCACACCCUGCUCACCAAAGCCUGCGGUGGUCAGCCGAGAAAGUUCCACAGACUGCACUACAACAGAAACUGAGAAAGAUGCUGCAAGUCCUGCUACGUUACCCAGAACUACUGUACAGAAAGCUGUGAACAGAGGCCGCAGUAUGGAGGACGUGUGUGUAAACCAGACGGAUGACGACGAUACUCAUGAUUACGAAUACAUUGAUGAAGAUGAACUGGAGAACAUCAGGAAGCAGUUCAAUGAACAGUCUAUUAACGUUUCUCCUCAAACUAAACCGAGUAACACGAUAUAGCCGUCAUAUAAUUACACUAUACGGAUACGAACAUGAAUGAAAGACUGAAAUAAAGAAAAAAAUUAGCAACCUGGAGAUCUUCGCCAUCAUCGAGCCUGCUGUUAGCGUUCACUCUCAUCCAGGAGAGCAGAACAAUAUGUUCACAUUUAUAUAAUACUAUUAAGAGAGUUUUGUCCUAGUCAUAAUCAUAUUACUUUCAUUUCAACACAGUAUUAGCAGUUUUAGUGCAAAUAUACACUAU